CUCGAUUUGGUUACAUACUUACCACUGCCGCUGGUUGUGCAAUCUCCAAGCUAGUCCUCGCCUAGUACAGUUCUCAUUCUUUUCAUUUAUCCCUCCGUUUUCCCUCUUCAGUCCUGGCGGGUUCGCAGGUUAAUUUCUUCACUUAGCCCCUUAUUACGCGCUUGGGCUCUCUGAACAUGCUCGCGACUCAACCCGGCUUGCGCGAGAGUUAUUCUCAUCAACAACAAUACGUGGAUAAUCUCGCUGUGGGGGAGGACAGGAUUUGCCCUGGCUGCAAACUGUCUGCGGUCACGGAGGAGGGUGGUCUAGUCGUUGCUUUUGGCUCUUCUUUCUUCCAUGUUGACUGCUUUAGAUGCGCCAAGUGCGGCAAUAAAGUCACUGCCGAUACCAACCUCCUUCUCCUUUCCGAUGGUUCCCCAAUUUGUGCAAAUUGUUCAUAUAGCUGCAAUGUCUGUAAACUUCCAAUUCUCGACGAGGCUAUCAUGACCGGAGACGACUCGUAUCAUGCCCACUGCUUCAAGUGCAAAGUAUGCAAGAAUCGCAUCGACGAGCUCGUAUUUGCCAAAACUAGUCAAGGCAUAUACUGUAUGAAUUGCCAUAAUGAGCGCAUGAUCAGGAUCCGGAAGCACACCCAAAAGAAAGCGGAGAGGGAAAGAGAGAAGGAGAGGGAAAGAGAAAAGGAGAGGGAACGAAGCGCUCUAAACGAAAGCAAUUCUGCGACUUCUCGCGACAAAGAUACGAGAGUUCGCGAGAAUCGAGGAACUUCUUCUGCCGCUACUGAGACUCAAGAUGCGUCAUCUUCCAGACAAAGCGAUCGCUCCCGAGGCAGCCUUUCCGACCGUGUGAAGCCGCCUCCUUCCAACCACUUCAAUGCUCCAUACGUAGCGGAUGCGUUCCAGGGCGGGCAGUCUUCAGACUCUCAGUCGUCACUGUCCCAACCCAUAUCUGUAACCCUUGCUCCGCCACAAGAUAGUUCUGAACCUCUCAAUCAUCCCCCCGUCUUUCAACCUCCCCUUCGAACUUCGUCAGUCGACCAGGAUCGCUCGAAUCCCUCUCAAAAAAACACCGCUCCUGUUAAUGCGUAUUCCUACCUAGCAAACAUUCAACCUCGUCGAACAAAUAGUACUGACUCUCCGGCAAAGUCACAUCGAUCUAGCUCUGGUAGUACCGAGAUUCCUUACAUCUUAGUACCCAGUGCGAAUGGAUCCGCUGGAGGUCACGGCGUUACUUUCAGAGCCGAGAAACGACGGUCGAUUAAUCCCGGUCUUGUCCUUGAUAAUUUGAGAUCACUGCCUGAUGAUGGAAUUUCGACGGCUGCACCGACACACACUCCAUCGUCUGCCAAUUUCAUUAAGCCAACCGAUCAUUCUUCUAUACUUCCCCAACGGAAUGAUGAGUCUGUGCGAGUACCGUCCCCUUUUCGAGACCGUUUUCCCCCAGAAACAUAUUCCCGACCAGGGUCGUCUCAUAGCUCGAGCACGCCUUAUUCUUCCACCCUCACCUCUCAGCACAAUUUUGAACCAUUCCGGGCAAAUUCAGUAUCCACUGAAGCGACUACGCCUGACGAUCAAACUGUCGUUCUUCGUCCACCACUUCGGACUUCUGCAUCAGAAUCUCAUUCGACGCGAAUGUACAAUGAUUCGCAGGAUCGGUCUCGGUCGCGUCGUAGGUCAGGUCAGCGUCUGUCCUCAACAAGCGGGCAAUCUCAUCCGGCUAGCCAGUCCCGUCCGAAUUCGAGAGCGGAUGUUCCCCAUAGUAUUGAAAGUGCCACAGAGAGCGAGACUGAUAAUGAAACUCGUGAAUCAGUUGAAUCUACGCCUCCCGCACUACCACCCAAGGAAACGAGCGGAAACUUGCAUGAGGAUAGCAGUGGUGAUGUGCAUCCACUUGCCGAUCUUCUUUCUCUCAAAAGCGAUGAACAGGAUUCAUCUGCGCUGUCACAACCUGAUAGCGAUGAAACAUCCGAAUCAUCCCCAGUAGAGCAAAUGUCUCAUGCCACAUUCAUCGCACCCGCCCUUCCGCCUAUUCGCUUCUCACUAAACGGGGCUGAUUUCUCGGAGCUCUUUACUUCCGUCAGUGGGCUCCCUCCUUUACAACAACUCGCUCAACUGGCCAGUGUCGCUGAACAGAAGUCGGAGAGCGAGGGUAAAACGCCCACAACACCCCCUCCGUCUGCCAGCACCAUCUCACACUCUGUGAGUGAGACCACUCAUAAUCGACGAUCACAAGAGGGUAAUUUCUCAUUCAACAGCGCUGUGACUACAAACGAUUAUAUAGCUCCUACCAGUCGUAGUCGCGCUUCGUCUGGAGCCCAAGCUGACUCGCUCACUAAGGCGCACGCCCCUUCACAACUUUCUCUGACAACUGGUGAAUCCGACUCGACACAGUUCACUAUUUCCCCCCCACCGGAGGACAAACAAGAAAAAUCAGAUGCAGCUGACCUUGUGUUGUUCAGAUUGCAAGAGGUAUUAGCAGACGCAAAGGAUCGUGGAGCUCAACAGUUGAAACUGGAUCGAGGUUUCGUAGAAGCUAUCAUUCAGGUAAUGACCACUCGGAAAGCCGAUUUCUCGGAGCUGAAAGGUGACCUCGAUGGUAUGAAAAGAGCUAGCAAACAAUAUAUGGAGGGACUGACUGUGGCGCAGACAGAAUACGACCAGGAACUGAAGCAACGCCGGGAACUCGAAGCUGAAGUGACCCGCCUACGGGUGUUAUUAUCCGGUCAGGCAGCUCGCCUAACAGCUUUAUCGGGCGACUCACGCCGACAGGAGCUGCGUCAGCGAAUGACAAAGGAAUUGAAUAAGAAUCUCUCUGGACUUGAGCAGGACCUUUCGAAGCUGAAAGUCGAACGUGAUAUGACCUUGGCUGAGAUGGAAGAGAUAUCCGCGUCCAAGAGCGCACCUUCGGGCCAAGAGGCUGGAAGCACCCUUAGUCGUAGUCUUACCAAGCGGUUGGAUAAUCUCAAGCAUCAGUAUCAACGAGACCUCAUUCCCCUCACUCAAGAACGGGAAGCUUUGGCGAGAGAAAUCAUGGAACUGAAAGCAGCUCGUGAUAUCUUCUUGGAAGAGACUACAGUACUGAAUGCCCGAAAUGAAGAGCUUGCCCAGUUGAGUGCUCAAUACGCUAGGCGCAUGACCCCGGACACACCGUCGAGGCCACACGAGUUCCGAACUAAGGAGCAAUCAAUCUUAGAGGAGAAAGACAGAACGAGGAUGAGACCUCCUCCGAUUACGAUACAAUAUCCUUCGCAUGCGACUCAACCUCAGCCCCAAGGUCCUUUAACUCAGCCUUCAAUGAAUCAAUCGGUCAUGCCUCCGCUCGCUCAAACCCAUCUCCCUCCUCCCGCUCCGCUUAACUUACCUCAAGCAAUUGAUGAACAGCUUGCUGAGCGAGGAAAACCUAAUGAUGGAACUCCUUCAAAACCUCCAAGAUUCGGUAUGAAAUGGGGUGUUUCGCGGUCUAAAGACCCUAUAGCACCUCCUUCGCAUGCAAAAGGCAGUUUAGAACAUAAUUUUCAGCCUCUCAGUUUGUUACGUUUCACCAGAUGUGACCAUUGUGGCGACAAAAUGUGGGGAUCUCAACUCCGAUGCACAGGAUGUAACGUCUCAGUACACACUCGUUGUGUCAGUCAUGUUCAAUCGCAUUGUUCACAGCAAUCUCAUGCAUCCCAAGAAGAUUCUCAGCCACUACCCCCGUCCAUGUUCGGUCGUGAUUUGAUAGAACAAGUACGUUCCGACGCCAAAGAGGAACCGCGACAGGUCCCUGUGAUCGUCGAGAAAUGUAUUCAAGCGGUUGAGACCCUCGGUAUGGACUACGAAGGUAUAUAUCGCAAGACAGGAGGCUCUGGACAGUCGAGAGUUAUCACGCAACUCUUUGAGCGUGGGGACUAUGAUGCGUUUGAUCUUCGCGACGAGGAGAAGUUCAAUGACAUUUGCAGUGUCACUUCCGUGCUGAAGACCUAUUUGCGAUCACUCCCUGUGCCUUUAUUGACCCAUGACCUUCACGAUCUCUUCAUGUCUGCUGUUGAGAUCCGUGACAUGGAGACGAAAAACACUACACUCACGGAUUUGGUCAAGAAGCUUCCACCCGAGCAUUAUCACACUCUCCGAAUGCUUAUGCUCCAUUUGAACCGGGUCCGUGAACGCUGUGACGUUAAUCUCAUGAAUGCUCGCAACUUGGGUGUAGUUUUUGGACCUACACUGAUGAGGUCUCGUAUUCCAGGAGCAGAAUUCAGUGAUAUGGCAGGAAAAGCUCUCUCUGUUGAAUGGAUGGUCGAAAAUGCCCCGAAUGUUUUCACGUAGUUUCCUGAUCCUCGUACCGUGCGUUUCAUUUCACCUGUGUGGCUGUGUCAUAGGAAUUAUAUACUUAUUGUUCUUAUUUUUCUGCCUCUUUGAUAUUUAUCUUAUUUCUUAUUCCUCUUUCCCCCAUUACCAAUCACCCACCAUGCCCCAUAACAUUCCUCGCAUUUGUUUGGAUUCAAACACAUUUCGAAUGUAUUUUCAUACCAUAUUACAAUUUUUUUCG